AUGGGUUACCGACUUGUAUGGUCAAGAAGUGGUGGCCCGAAGGACACAUUGGAAUGGGCACCACCUCUACGAGUUGUUGCUGUCGUGACCCUUUUUGCUUCAACUCUCGAUCUGAUAGCCGAUUUUCUAUUUUGCAGCAAGAUAGCGGAAUUUUUGCCGAAUUUCCACAGUGACGCAGCUUUUUUGGCUGCUUAUGGUUAUUUCUUUUUCACUGGCAUUUCUGUGAUUGUUUAUGUCUUUGAGAUGACUGAUGUUUGCUUGACACUGAAGAAUGAUUGUGAAAAUGUUUUUAAUGCGCGAUUAGCUAAAUCACUAGUACUUGCUGCUGAAGAAGUACCAUUACCAAUUUUACUAAAUGUGUUGUUCGCAUAUGAACCGAGUAUGCCUAUAGCAAGUCCAGCACGUCUUGUCUCCUGGAUCAAAUUGAUUGCUUUGACAUGGGGCAUCGUCAAGUUCACUAAAUUGCGCUUCUUUUGGUGCUGCCUACCGCUUAAUCCAAAGCAUGACACCAAGGAGAACAUUCGUCGUUGUUUCACGUGGACGUUGUAUCGCAUUACAAUGAUUUUCGUUAAUAUCUGUCAUAUAAUUGCAAUUUCCAUUGUUAUUUACAACAUUGUAAUUACUGGCAAAGCUGAUCGACGGAUUAAAUCAAAUAAUUCUUGA